AUGAUCCAAGCUAAUCGCCCGUCCAUCCAGCGUAGCACGGACGCUGCGGCUGGCACGACGUCGAGAGGAGCCUGCAAAGCGGCAAGAACCAGCCGCCGCAAAGCAGCGGGCCCAGGCCCCAAGGCAGAUCCGGGGAGCCAGGCACGAGCCCGAUCUCAGGCAACAUGCGCAGUACCUGCAUCGCCGCUGCCACCGCCUCCGUCUGUUCUUGCUGCGACAUCACCAGGGGCGCAAGACCAGGAGGCCGCUGACGACGCUGACAAGCGCUCAGCUGAUCCAAAACAGCCUGUCCACGAGGAGUGCCCCCCACGGCGGGAGACAACCGCUCCCAGGGGAACGGAUCAUGCUGCUGGCGAAGACAUGGAGAUGAGGGAGCAGGCGGCGCCUGAUAUGCUGGCGGAGGCUGGGACGGUGGACCAGAGACGUGAGGAUCUCGCGGCAGGGGGAACGCUGUGGGAGGGGGCACCAGGGGUUGUGGGCAGGGGGGCUGAGAGGGAGGCUGCGGCUGAUCCACCGGCUGGGGGUGAGGCGGCAAAGGAGACUGUUGCACCUGCGGGGGGCGAAGCGGCAGAGGAGACUGCUGCACCUGCGGGGGGUGAGGCGGCAGAGGAGAUUGUUGCGGUGUUGCCUGCUGACACCGCCGACGAUUACGCCCGGGAUUCUGCCGAGGCUGAGGAGGCGCGGGGCCCGUGGCUGACGGGGUGCACGGCGGUAUGGGUGUGCUCUCGCGUGAAGGGAUCGAUAUUGAGCUGGACGUCGCCGCCUCGCGCCCGUCUCGCGGUCGUCGCCCUCGGCCAGCACCGCGACGGUUCGGAGCAGCGCUGGCACCCGCCCAGCCCGGCCCCCUCCACGGGUGGCUCCGGCAAGAGCAGUCGCCACAACAGCAAGCGCCUCGUCCGCCAUUAG